AUGGAGGUGCUUGGGAACUUUGUGGAGAAAGACUGGUACCUGAAGUUCAGAAUGCCCCAAGAUGCCUUCAGGAAACUGUGUGACCAGCUGCGCCCAUAUGUCAACCCCAAAACCACUAACAUGCUGGCACCAGUACCUUUAGAGAAGAGGGUGGCACUCACCAUUUACAGGCUUGCUAGUAAUGUGGAGUUUCACGACGUUGCCAACCUGUUUGGUAUUGGGACCAGCACAGCCUGCAACAUCAUCUGGGAGGUGUGCGAGGCGCUGAGCGAACUCAGGAAGAUUUAUGUAAAGAGGUCAAAAUCUGUCCCAGAACUCACAUCACACAUUGCUGGUUUUGAGAGGAAGACAGGAUUCCCCAUGUGUGUUGGUGCUUUGGAUGGCACACAUAUUCCAAUCAUUGCCCCACAAAGCUAUCCUACUGAUUACUACAACAGAAAAGGGUGGUAUAGUGUUGUACUACAAGGGCUUGUAGACCACACCUACCGUAGAAGUUCAUGGACUUUGAUGUUGGGUGGCCUGGAAAGUGCCAUGACGCAUAAUGUUUUUGAGUGCUCCCAUCUGUGCCGCAAGCUGGAGGAUGGCACCUUUUUCCCUCCAGUCACCAGGACCAUCCAAGGGGUCAACAUACCUGCCCUGAUUGUAGCAGAUUCUGCGUACAGCUUAACCAGCAACAUUAUGAAGCCAUUCCCAGAUGGAGUAAGGGGACCAAGAGCAGCCUACAAUGCUUGCCUAAGCCGCGCAUGCAUCCACGUGGAACAUGCAUUUGGUCGUCUCAAGGGUCGCUGGCGAUGCAUAAUGAAGAGGAAUGAUUCCGAAACCAAAAGAGUGAAACACGUUGUAGCUGCUUGUAUAGUGUUGCACAACGUUUGUGAGAUGCAGAAUGUUGCUUACCAGGAAACCCAGGAAGAAAUGUUUGAGCAGCCAGAGGCAGGACCACAGCAGCAGGGUGCACUUGAUGACUUCUCCCCAGCAAAGCGCAUACGAGAAGCAUUGGUAGCCCAUAUCAACACUUUACAAUGA